ACGACGACCCCCCUCACCCCUACCCCUGCCCCAGCACACCGCCCGCAACAGCUUCAGUGCCGUGGAACGCAAGGACCUGUGCAGGUCGCUCUAACCAGCCUGACCUAUUCGCCCUGCGGCUCCCUAGCUUCCGUCAGGAUUCGGGCAUAUCGUGCCCCCCCAGAAGGAACCUACACAGCCAUGUCGCGGUUUUCUACCAUGACGACCAAUGAGAGGAAGAUGCAAGCAGCCGCCAUCUGUAGGGAGGUACAUCGCCCUGAAGCAGGGAUAGACCUUGGGAAGAAGAUGAGUGUCCCUAAGGAUGUGAUGCUCGAGGAGCUCUCUCUGGCCUCCAACAGGGGAUCUCUCCUCUUCGAAAAGCGCAAGAGGCGCUCCGAGAAAUACACCUUUGAGAGCAUCCAGAAUGGAACCGACACACAGAUCAGUAAUGGUGGAACUCUUCAAACAGAGAGUCAGGAAACAACAGACAGCAACAGCUUGGGCGUGGAACAUUCGAAAACACCCCCCAACACACCUGACCCAAGCGCUGCCCCCGACCCAGGCAGCAUCGCGCCAGGUUACGGCGGACCUCUGAAGGAAAUGGAACCAGAGAGGUUCAACAGCACAUGCCUGCCAAAGUCCUACCACUCCCCCUGGGACAUGGACAUCUACCGCCAUGACCCCUCCCUGGCCAACAGCCUUGUAACCCAUCUACCAGAGCCCGAGGCCAAGACUGAAGGGCCAAGGUACAAGAGCUUCAACAGGGUGGCUACCCCUUUUGGCGGUUUUGGGGGCAAGUCCAACCGAUCGACCCCAUUGUUCAAGGCCCCCAAUAUGGACCAGAACCCCACCGCGGACCCCUGCCCUGAGCUCCAGGGGGAGCACGCAUUGCACCGGCCCACAUUUAACAGGGUGGCAAGUGGCUGGGCUGGGGCCAGCGUACCCCUCAUCCUCCCUACAGUGGUCCUGGACCCCAUGUCAAUCCCAGAGUCAGAUGACCUUUGAACCACCUCUGGUGGUUGUUUGAUCUUCCAAGAAGCAGCCCGGUUUUUCUACCCACAAUAAGUGCUUGCGGUGGAAAGGGUCAGAGCGAUGGAAGGAGGCCUUUUGGUUUCCAGCUUAGGGCAAGUUGGCUACGUUUUUGUGGCAAAAACACAACAAAGGUGUUCUGCCCGAGUUUAAAGUGCACUAGAAAUAACUCAACUACCUAGUAAACACUAGCUAGAGUUACUAAGUAUAUAGAAACUAAUAUACAGUGUAAGAUAGUUACAUACUGUACAUUGAUAUGUAUAAGAAAUUAUAUCUGUCUGAUGACAUUUGACUACUGGUAUUAGUUGCUUUUAAGCUAAAUAAAAUAAUGUCACAUCAGG